UUCCUUGACAAACAUAUCAUUUAACUCCGAUGUUGUCAUAUAUGCUGCUGCUGUUUAUCCUUUUGUUUAGUCACUUUAUCCCUGCCUAUAAAUCAGUGGCGAACUGUAACUAUGACCCUAGUCUUCAGAGGGACCAAAAAUCUUCCAAUACGUUGUGUCAAACUCAAAUCAAGAAAAUAACAGAAAACAUAGUAUAAUUUAUUAUAGCUUCUGUAGUCGGACCACUCUAGUUCUACUGAAGGAGGAAUGAAAACAGGCCUGGCCGAGCCUCGGAGACAGAAAAUCAUAACAAUACAAAAGCACAACCAUUUAAUUUCCCAAAUGAAAUGAACAACAUUUAUUUUAUGACCUUCAUCACACUAACCAGUGAUCUAAAGUUUAAAUGCAACAAUGUUUCAUAGUAAUUAUUUUCAGAGAUCGCAAACAUCAAGUGCGCUGCAAAAAAAGUGCCAUUCACCAGAUUAUCAUUUGUAAACAAAGUUUGAAAGUUAAAAGGGUGGUGCUAACAAAUUAGCAACAACAUCCACCUUGAAGUAAAUAACAGCUUCUACAGCCGCUGUUGCCAUUGUCACACUACUACAACACUAGCUAGCUAACAUUACCAGCAUUUUCGUGGGAAAACUACUGUUUGCGCCUCUGAUUAUUUGCUCGUCUUGCGCCCAUAGUAGUGAUGUGUCUAGGCCUUAGAGACAGAGAAUGGUGCAAUUUCGGCCUGCAUUCCUGUAUCUGCAGGAACCCCUCUUUAUACUUCUAUAAGUACAUUUUUAGGUUAGGGAAGGCAGAAGCGAUCCAGUACAGUAGGUGGCGUUAUUGAACAAUAACGUUGGAUGCCAGCCGCCGAUUAAACCCACAGAAGAAGGGGCGGGGUUACAACGGGCACUGUUUUCCUGCAGUUCUGUUAACGAUGCCGAGGGCUGGUGUUCAGAAUUCGGGAGCGAAUGACACUGUGCCAGUUUAUCCAGCUAGUCCUACGGAGGACUCCGGGACACAGCAGGCGAGAGGUGGGAGUGACACUUUGUGCUAGCUAGCCAGCACACUAUGGGGGGUGAUUCAUGCCAUAAUUAAGCCUCGUGAAGCUAAUGAUACCUUCCACCAAGUCACCUAACAUCUUCCUAGCGCCAUAAAAUAACGCCAUGAAUUAACAUGUGUGAUGCAUGUGCCACUGCGCUGGGUGCUGUGGGAUGUGAAAGACACCCUGCUGAAGGUGCGCAGGUCUGUCGGGGAGCAGUACUGCCAAGAGGUCCAGCGAACAGCAGGUUUCAGUCUUAACCCUACAGAGGUGGAGGCUGCCUUCCGCCAGUCCUUCCACCAGUACUCCAAACUCUACCCCAACUACGGUAGGGCCCAGGGCCUGGGGGGGAAGGCCUGGUGGAUGGGAGUGGUUCGGGACACCUUCGCCCAGUGUAGAAUACAGGACGCAGCCCUACUGGACACACUGGCCCACAACUUGUAUCAUGGCUUCUGCAGCCCUAAUAACUGGGAGGUAUUUCCAGACUCUGCGAAGACCCUGGAGAGCAUAUCCUCCCUGGGACUGAAGCAGGGUGUGGUGUCCAACUUUGACAAUCGCCUGGAGGGGAUUCUACGAGGCUGUGGCCUGCUGUCUCACUUCAGCUUCCUGCUCACCUCAGAGGAGGCCGGUAUAGCCAAGCCUAACCCAGCCAUCUUCAACCGGGCACUAGAGAAAUGUGGCGUAACAGCCGCGAGUGUAGCUCACAUUGGGGACCAUUAUGUCUAUGACUAUGUGACCUCUCGGUCACUGGGCCUCCAUGGGUACUUGCUGGACAGACAGGGCAGGAAUAAAUACCCUGAUGUUCCCCCACAGCAUCGACUAAAGACCCUGGAGGAGCUACCUGCACGUCUCCAGCAACAUAUGGACUAAAUGUUAUCUAUUACACAAGUAAACUCAAGCCAGGACUCAAACAAACCGCACUGUGCCAACAUUUCACUGCACUUGACAUUAAAGUAUAACAACUAUAUAUAAAAGCCAAGCCUUAAUCUACGGCAGUGAAACUAGCCCCAAAACUUAACAUAUGCGAUGACCACUUUUAGAUUAUCUAAAUAUGUACAUGUAACUUAUUUCACCAAUACGUUUUAGAUCACGUUGUGACACCCUCCAAUUAAUGUAUUAUGUUCAAUAAAUAAAAAUGCCUGUUCUACAGCCAGUGCUACAUUCUACGA